CAAAAGAAUAGGAACUUUACCUAUAUUUUUUGACAACCGCGUUUAUAAUAUUUUCUGUGAGUUUAUAUUAUAAUUAAUACAAAAUUAUUAGUUACAUUUGGAAGAAAUUGGCGAUGGAAGAUGAAAACGGGAAGGAAGAGAACCAGCCGUCCGCAAGUAAGAAAGAAAGUCAAAGGGAUUCCGAUAAUGAUGUAUAUGUAGAAAAAGGAAAUUAUGAGGAGAGACGGACAUACGAUAAACGUAAUGACGGCGUCUCCGUUAGCGAGUCUUUCACAACCGAUACUGACUCUGUUGCUGACAGAAGUGGAAUGGAUGUAACGGAAGCAAAUCUUGAGAUACCUAAACCUCUAGUUGGAAAGGCACAAGUAAAGCCCGAGAGAAAGAAACGUGCUAAGCGACGUAAUGGAAGAGUAGAAAAGAAACACUCGUUAGGAAGACGUCAAGUGCUCCGAAGAAUUCCGAAACGAAGACAGAGGGAGAGAAAAGAAAUAAGAGACUUGUCAGUCUCGACCAUGUUUACCACUAGUUCUAGAAAUCCAUGCUGCAAGCAUUGUGGUCAUCGCUGUUGCCGCAGAAGAUUCCAGGACAAAGCAAAGAGACGGAACGUUAAAAGUAAUAAAACGAAGAAAAUUGGAAAAAGAAUGCUGAAUAAAAGAAAAGCAUCAUAUGCAGAGUCGAAGAGCGACCAAGCUGGCUCGAGGAGCAUGAUGCUGUCUCCGUUAUUUAUCAACACGAAUGCCUUGCCUACUCUGGGAGAGCUGCCUGAAGUACAGAAAACAUGGUGCGAGAUUUCACCUGAAAUGAUUCAUGAGGCAGUUGAAAAAUUGACAAUGUGGAAACAAUUCGCACCGACUAGUGCUAUAAUGGACUACAUAAAGAGAAAUUAUCCUGUAUGUACAGAGGAGAACGAGUUGCUAGAAGAAUUGACAGCGAAACUGCAUUUAGCUGUUAUUGCUGGAAUAUUGACACAAGUGGCCUAUGAACAUUGGUGUCUUUGUUGUGACCUUCAAAACCGUGAGCUCACCAAGAACCACGUGACUCGAUUCUGGCAAGCAUACGGCGAUACCAUGAGUCCUGUAUUGAGGAAGAUGGGGAAUAUUCCUACAAACAAAGACCGCGGGCAAGAACAAGCGAACAAGAUGUUUAUGUAGAUAUAUGUGAUGUGGAAG